AUGGGCAUCAAACUACUGGUAUCGAUCGCCUUCAUAGCUUUGUCGAUUGCUUUUCGGCUACAAAAUGCCCACUGUGCAAAAGUUGCAGUAAUACCAGCUUUUGAGAAAAGACAUGUUCUUGUAUUAAACACCUUUGCAGAAGCUUUACAUGAUCGUGGUCAUGAUAUACAACUCUUUCUUAGAAUUGUAGGGAUUGGAGCCUUGAACGUACCUCGUCUAUUACUUAACAAUCCUCAACCUUUAUCAUAUGUUCCGAUUCUCUUGACUUCUUACUCAUCUAUGAUGACAUUUAAGGAACGAUUUAUAAAUGCGAUAGCUUAUGCUAUGUUAAAUAAGUUUUACUCGUAUGCGUUAGAUCAAAAUAUCGGCUCGUUAAAACAUAAAUUCGAUAAUACUGCAUCGAUGACGACAUAUGAAAUUGAGAACUCUGCGUCAAUGGUAUUGAUGACUGGUGAUUUUGUUCUGGAAUAUCCUCGACCUCUACUACCUAACGUUAAAGUUAUUGAUACUUUCUCAGCGAAACCCGCAAAGCCAUUGUCAAGCGAUUUAGAGGUAUUCAUGAAUGGUGAACGCAAAGUAGUUUAUAUUUCAUUCGGUUCAAUUUAUGAAAACUUUGAUGCGGAAAAAAUAAAAGUCUUCAUAGAUGCUGUAAAUCGAAUACCGUAUAAAGUGAUGUGGAAAAGCAAAGCUAGUGUCAAGGAUGUUGGGUCACAUGUUAAAAUUGUCAACUGGGCACCUCAAAAUGAUAUCUUGGGUCAUAAGAAUACUAUUGCUUUCUUUCGCAUUGUGGCCAUAGCAAUCGAUAACGCGAAACAAGUAGUGCGUGCUGGGCUUGGCAUUGAGAUAAAUAUUCGGAAACUGACUUCAAAUGAUAUCGACAACGGGAUUGCGCGAGUUACAACCGAUAGGUAUCAAGAAAAUGCGAAAUACAUUUCCACUGCCAUACAUAGUCAGCGAAGAUCUCCUCAGGAUACAGCAGUUGGAAACACUCAAAAAUGGGAAGCUGAAUACUCCAUGUUUACUUAA